CCAUUUUUUCUUCCAUCAUCUCCAUCAGUCACAGUCACAAAACAAAACAAUCAAAGCCAAUAACAACUCAAAUCCAGAAAUCUGUUGUUUCAAGAGUUCGAAAAUGUCAGGAAGAGGAAAGGGAGGAAAAGGUUUAGGAAAGGGAGGAGCAAAGAGGCAUAGAAAGGUGUUGAGGGAUAACAUUCAGGGAAUUACAAAACCUGCAAUUCGUCGUUUGGCACGUAGAGGUGGAGUCAAGAGAAUCAGUGGUUUGAUUUAUGAAGAAACUCGUGGAGUUUUGAAGAUCUUUUUGGAGAAUGUGAUUCGUGAUGCUGUUACUUACACUGAGCAUGCUCGCAGGAAGACUGUUACCGCCAUGGAUGUUGUUUAUGCUCUCAAGAGGCAAGGCCGUACCCUCUACGGAUUUGGUGGUUAAAUCUGUUUCUGGGUACUCACUAAUGUUAGGGCUAGCUUGUUUUUAAUGUUUUGGGUUGUGUAUUAUAGAGAUUCUAGUCUCUUACUGUCAUUGUUAAAUUAUGUAACUUAAAUUACAUGAGUGAAAUGCUCAAAUGAAAAUGGACUUUUGAAUGUGAUAUAUAUUGAUAAUUACUUCAUUUGAUUCAGAUUUUA